GGUAGUGAUCGUCCUUCGACAAACCGUUUCAAAAAGGCUUUCAUUGAUAAUUUAAAAGUGCCGGAAAUAUAUAUGCAGAUUAUUAUUUAUAACGUAUGCUAUGUACCCAGCAGGCUUAAAUGUUUGAUUUAAAAAGGUGAAAUUAAACGUUAACUGUAUUGAUCUCGAGAAAGCUUCAGAUUUGACUACAGCUCCCGCUAUGCGGCUACGAGAUUUGUCGUCGUGGUGUUGUACGGAUAUACGCCACCUUGAGGUGGCCUGAUAAACCUCAGCAUCCACUUUGAUGAAGUGUAUUUAUUCUGUGAAGUAUCUACGUUUGCCAUUUCGAAAAAUACACACAAUUAAAGCCGCGGUGGCCUCGAGAAAGAGUUGUUUCGAAUUAUUUGCAGGAAAAGACGGGAAAAAACGAGUCAUAUUGCUUCUUAAAUCACGUGGUGAAGACUACGAAGUUUUUUCAAAAUGCCGUGGACUGAUGGGCGACGACUACGAAUCUAUGGCUGAUGCAGGAAUGUCACGUCAAUACGUCAAUAUAUGUCUGGUUGCCAUAGCGGUAGCCGUAGUCAAAUCUAAAGUUCUCUACAUUACGCACCAACACACUUACAAAACUUGGUUGUUUAAAAUGAUUCAGGCAAUGGGAGAGUAUGAGGAAGUAUGGAAGGUAACGGAAACAGGGCGACCAAAGUCCCUUUGGAAAGAGUUGGUUCAGGAAUACAGGGGAAUUCAUUUGAAGAAGUCGAGAGAGACUUUAAUUGUUCGCGGCAAGUGACAAAAAUUAGACAACGUCUAACGCCGUAUAUCAACAGCUGAUGUUCUCAAAUCCUAUCAAAAUGGAAUGGUUGGACUUGACGUGGUCUAGAUUGACAUUUCAAACUAUACGCGGUUAUUGUAUAAAGCAUUAUAUUGUUAAAUACCUGCCCGAAAGCUGUGCGCUUAAGACUCUGUCAUGCGCCUCAAAUUGGAACACUCAAGGAAUCAAGAAAGGUCAUGCGUAAUAAAGAAACUUGAAGAUGUUGGGGCAGGGGGUAAAACUACUUAUCUCAAUGAGGGGUGCGGUGAGAAAGUCCAUUUAAAAAGUCGAUUUCAAAGAUUCUCUUUGUUAUUGUUCUACAUUACAAUGUCUUCACCACAAGCUGGAGACCGGACAAGUUCAAACGUCAGAGAAACAUCACCAGGUGGAAAUACAAAUGGUAUAGAAAAUGAUUCCAACAACAUACACGAAGGAAGCAAUAAUCAAUCUUUACCAGGUGAUACAAAUAAUAUAGUUAGUGGAAAUACAAAUGGUAUAGAAAAUGAUUCCAACAACAUACACGAAGGAAGCAAUAAUCAAUCUUUACCAGGUGGAAAUACAAAUGGUAUAGAAAAUGAUUCCAACAACAUACACGAAGGAAACAAUAAUCAAUCUUUACCAGGUAAUACAAAUAAUAUAGUUAGUAUUUAA